AAGGGUUUCACAGUGACGGACAAAUUUCACAACAUGGCACGGAAAUCAAGACAGCUCCUUUUAUGGCUACGAAUCGCAUUCAUAGCAGCCUUAGUCGAUGUCAGCAAUACACAAGGGACCAUGCUAGGGAACUGUGAACUAUCGGACUUGCUGCUGGGGAUGCGAAACUGCGAGACGAAUUUCGUGCUAGCUUUGUGUCAUUCACCAGAACAGGACUGCUGGAAUCAUCCAAACAUCACUACGGUAAACACCUGUGUCAAAACAAUACUGAGGAACUGUUUUGAAGGUACCGUGCCCUCAGAGUCCCUCGACUCCAUUGUUGACAACCUUUGGGGUAACAUAGGCUAUAACGUCACAGAGCAGUAUUGUACGGCAGAAAAGUUCGAGGGCCCGUUCUUCCCGUCCAAUGGCGGGCCACCACCGUGUAGCCAAGAGUACCCGGAUGUACUGACGUCAUGUGAAACAGACUUUUUUCUAAAGUAUCUGGCCAACAUCUCGGAUCCUACGCUGUGCAGAGAGUUCGGCGCUAUGACAACAUGCAAAGUAACUGCUGUUGAACAACACUGUAACCUAACGGAUGAUAACCUCAAGCUUUUAAACGUCACAUGGGACAUCACCUACAACCCAUUCUGUCUGUGUCCCAACGUUGAGCCAACCACGCAUGCGCCAACAACACCGCAGCAAACCGCAACACCGCUUGGGAGAUGUUCUGCAGAUGACGUCAUCAGGAUGACGCAGCAAUGCGAGUCUGAAUUCAUCUAUGCGAUGUGUACCAAUCCUGACAUGGACUGUAUCACACAUCCAGACAUGCCCACGUUGGAAAACUGUACCAGAGACGUGUUCUAUGACUGUAUUGUUGGGAUUUUUCCAGAUCAAAUGGUGGAAGCUUUUACGGCAAAUUUCGUCGACACAUUUAACGCUGUAGAACUGUACUGUAACGGGUCAACAUUCCGUCCGGCCGAAAUGAGGACAAGCGGAGAGGGUGCGGAAUGCACCGAACAAUACUCCACGGAAUCCGCCAUGUGUGUACAGGAGUUUAUGGAAUAUUACAUGAGCAAUAAGUCACAUCCUGAGCUGUGCAGAGAGUAUGCGAAAAUGACAGAGUGUAAGCACUCAGCUUUGGAUGACCACUGCCACUCCGUGCAUUUUGACAAACUGUACGAGAUACGCAUGCGCUUGAGAAGCGACUACAACCCGUUCUGUCAGUGCCCAAACCAGUAUGGGUUGUCAACAACAACAACAACAUCAACAAUACCAAGAAUUUCUACGGUAACAGCGCUACUCCCGUCGAUGAUUGGUACUGCAGAAAUGACAACAGAAACAAGGUCUAUUGCUACAACAUUGGUUACAACGACGAGGGAGGCGACGUCUAUUGCUACAACUGCGUCUACCAUAACCCACGGAGCAAAGAUCACUUCAAACACUACAACAGUUACUCCAGGUGUUACAACAAAGGCAACACAUACUACUUCUCGCACAAUGACUACAAUGGAAGGCAGAUCGCAAGUACCUACCCAUCCCACCACAAUGGCCACUACUGCGUGAAGGCUACAGCAAGUGUGACAACUUCUCCACAAACUACAACCGCUAUGGUAACAACGCCAAGUUCUGGCACAACACUAACUGCAAUGGCUGAUUCAGUGAGACACACUGUCCUUACAACAACGCCUACAACACGAGAGGUUGA